CCCAAGGGGUAUGCGCAUGCGCCUCUAUUCAUAGAGCGUUGGUGAGGUGAACGUAAAUUAAAACUACUUGGCACCAACGACAUGGAGGGACAGGGAACAACGGGGGCUCCGUUCGACGAGGUUGCGAAAGUGGCCUCCGAGUGGGUGUUUGAUUUCUUGUUCGCCGGCCUAUGCUAUUAUUUUAAAGAGGAUCGAACGGAGGAUUUCCAAAGGACAGGGAAGGCGUUAGAAGUCAUUCUUGAAGGUAUGCCUGUUUUAGAUCCAGAUAGGAAUAAGGCUGUAUACAUUGCACAGUUCCUUACAUGUGUUUCAGAAGGAAAAAGUCUUGAUACCCAGUUUGAAUUGGAUGAAAGAGUCACACCUCUAGAAUCAGCUGCAAUGUUCUUAGAUGAAAUUGAAGAGGAGAAAGAGAAUUUAAAAAAUCUGAUCAAAGAUAUCAAAUGCAUUGUGAAAGUUCAGGCAGUAGCAAUUUGUAUGGAAAAGGGAAGAUUUAAGAUGUCAUCUGAGGUCCUUGACCGGUUAUUUCCAGAAUCAGAGUCUAACAAGUAUUUGAAAAUGAAGUUGGCAAUGAUUGUUGGCAAGAAGGAUCCAUACCAUGCGUUUCUGGAGAACUUCAGUUAUACUAAAAUGUUGACGAAGAUCAAAGUGUACAUUGAGCUUAUACUGCAAGAAAGAUCACCAGCUUUUCUGUUAAAGGUGGCCACAAAAGUUGUAGCAGCAAAAGCAGAAAAGAUGGUCGGAAACCAGACCGAAAAGAAAGAUGCUAAUUUGCUUAAUAAUGAAAGACUAAAAAGUGAUGCAGUUUCACUUUCAUCAGAAAGCACAGUGGGCUUUCACCAGAUGACACAAACUACAGAAAGUACACGUGAAGACGAUAGUCCUUCAAGUACAAAUGCACGUUCAGCUGUGCAGGAGCAUAUGUCGGACAUCAAUCACAACGAAAUAGCAGUAGACGGCAAUACAGAAGAAGCAAAAGUGGAUGCAAACGCAUGUAGCGAAAGAUGUCAAAGACGUUUGUUCUCUUUUGAGCUGCAAACGCCGUGGGAGCCAGAUAAACAAACUACAGGCAAUACGUUAAUAGGCCGCGUGAAGUUAGGAAAAAGAAACCGGGAAAACCAAGAAACUUUGAAAUCUGUCAAAACUGGAUUGUCACCGGUUUCGGCCGCUCCUAAGAAAAGACAGCACUGGACCUGGGAAGAAGACGAAUUGCUGAAAAAAGGUGUAAAGAAAUACGGUGUUGGAAACUGGAGAAAAAUCCUUGUCCAUUUCGAAUUUAACAACCGGACAGGUGUCAUGUUGAAAGAUCGAUGGAGAACAAUGAAGAAACUCAAUAUUGUUGGGAGUGAGAAUGAACUUGUUUAAAGAUUUGCAACUUGUAGUACCAUGUCCACUAAAUGUUGUGAAUAUAGAGUAUAUAACGUCCCCUCCUGUGCAAACAAACUGCUCCAAGAAUGAUUAGGUUGGAUGUCUAUUUAAAAAGGCAGAGACCAGUAUACUUAAACCCAAUUUUCUUUCCUGUAAAUAUUCACAUCUAACUCUUAUGCAUUGUAUAGUUAUUUUGUGUGUUUUAUUUCACUUUUUUACUUUUUUUUGUUGUUUUAAGGACCCAUUCCUUUAAAUUCUCUGUGCUAGAAGUGGUAAAUAAAGAAGAAAAUUUCC